UCUGAAUAGAGAGCAGACAAAAUAAAAUUUUUAUUAUUUGCCAUAAAAAAAAAAUCUUAAAAACUGGAAAACGAAAUAAUAAUGUGAAUGCAAAAGAAAGUAACAGAGAGAGAAACUGUUGUCUUUAGACUUACCAUCUGAGGAAUCAAAGAAUCUUUUUCAAGGAAAGGAAAACAAAAAACCCAAGUUUUCAAGAACCAAAAAAAAAAAAAACUGUUUAUUGCGUGUUUUUUUUCUUUGGGUUUAGAUUUGUUCUUCUACUUGCAUGAAAGAGAGGGUUUAAGUGGCAGUAUAUGGUUUUCAUGUUGUCAUUUUGCUACUGGUGUGGAAGUUGAUUUCAAUGGACUUAUAUAGUUUUUGAAGAAUGUCUUCUGGAUGGUAAAUUUGGGCCCAAAUUGGACAUGAGAAUGCUUGUGGGAACAUGCUUGAGCCAAGAGAAGCUGAUAUACCUGCAUUGUUUCUAGUCUUGGUGGUGCUUCCUCUGGUUACAUAUUUCUUGCUUGGGAAAUGGAGUGAGGUUUCAAAGAAACGAGAUAAGGUAAGUUUACUUGCUCAUCUUGCCGCUGAAGAAGCUCUUAGAGCAGAAACAAUGGCUGCUGCCAGUGUUAUUCCAGUUGUUCCUGUUCCGAAGAAGGGAUUGCAUGUGUGCGCUAGGUGCUUUGGUCCAUCUACAACUCGCUGCUCGAGAUGCAAGGCUGUUAGAUAUUGUUCUGGGAGGUGCCAGAUUAUUCAUUGGAGGCAAGUUCAUAAGGAAGAAUGCCUGCAGUUGGAGAGUGGAAGUGUUGCCUCAUUUGAAGAAUCUGUGCUACACAGUGACAACAUGGAUUCACGGUUCUUAGAGUACAUUAAUAAGCAGGCUGCUAAGGAAAAGACAUCUUCAGAUAAUAUAAAUCAUUGUCCCACAACCACCAGUUUAUUUGCUAAUGGGGAUUGUUCUACUAUUGAUACCUCUCAAGGCUGUGCACCAGAGAGAAGUGCUGAGAAAAGAGUUUCUCGUAAAUCCAAUGGAGAAGUGCUAAGAAGAGAGGAUGUAGCUAUAGUUGAUUCUUGUGAGGAGACCUUGAGAACUAGAACAACUAGUUUGACAAUUAAUAGUAUUUCUUCUAAAGAAGCUUUUAGAAGGCAUAAGUCAAGAACUAGUGGCUUUGUUGUAUCCGAAGAUGGAAUGUUAAAACAGCAAAAUCCCAAUGGCUCUAACAUGCUUAUUCAUGGACAAAAUGUAAGUACCGCCAUGCAUGACGGGCAUAAACAUCAAAGCCAACGUGGCAACAUGUCUGAACCAAAAAGCAACUAUGAAUUUGCUGGCCCACCGUAUUCCGCAAAAGGUGGGACAAGUGCACACGAAGCUGAAAAUGCCUUUGUCUGGAGCUCUGAGAAUAUAGUCAAUGGGGAAAAUGCUUUCAGUGGUAAAUCGGUAGAAUUAGAAUGUUCUGGGAUGGCAACAGCAAAAGAAUGCACGAAAAGUAGAAGUUCAUCGCAGUCUGUAGGGCCCAAAAUCUCUAAAUCACCUAAAUCAACAGUGAAAGUGUCUGGGGAACGAUUGCAUCCUGAAAUGGAGAGAAAAGGACAAAUUCCUGAUGAAUUAAAUGACAUACCGGCACCAGGAAUCAAUGGAGCUGCUAACACUGGCAUUAUGGAGAUGAUGGGUUUAAGGAAGUCAUCAAAGCUUGCUAGGCAGGAUUUUCCUGCACUCUAUGGCAAUAGACGUAAGAAGAUAAAGAUGCUGUUUCCUUAUGAAGAAUUUGUAAAUUUCUUCCAGUGUGAAGUCUUUGACUUAUCACCAAGGGGCCUUCUAAAUUGUGGGAACAGUUGCUAUGCAAAUGCUGUUCUGCAGUGUUUAACUUGCACAAAGCCUCUCAGCAUCUAUUUGCUACAUGGAUCCCAUUCAAGAAUCUGUUACAGGAAAGAUCGGUGUCUUAUGUGUGAGCUUGAACAACAUGUUAUGUUGUUAAGAGAGUGUGGUGGCCCCUUGUCACCAAGUAGGAUCCUUUCACACAUUCGAACUAUUAAUUGCCAAAUGGGCGAUGGAAGUCAGGAAGAUGCACAUGAGUUCUUGAGACUCUUGGUUGCUUCUAUGCAAUCUAUAUGCUUGGAGAGAUUAGGUGGGGAACAAAAGGUUGACCCCAGGUUGCAAGAGACAACAUUUAUUCAACAUACUUUUGGAGGGCGCCUUUGGUCAAAGGUAAAGUGUUUACGAUGUUCUCACGAGUCAGAACGAUUUGAAAAUAUUUUGGAUCUUACUUUGGAGAUAUAUGGUUGGGUUGAGUCACUGGAAGAUGCAUUGACUCAGUUUACAACACCCGAAGAUUUGGAUGGAGAAAACAUGUACAGAUGUGGAAGGUGUGCUGGUUAUGCACGGGCUAGGAAGCAGUUGCGCAUACACGAGGCCCCUAACAUCCUGACAAUUGUCUUAAAGAGGUUUCAGGAGGGAAAAUAUGGGAAAAUAAACAAGUGUAUCACUUUUCCUGACAUGUUGGAUAUGGUUCCUUUUAUGACUGGAACGGGUGACAUCCCUCCGCUUUACAUGCUUUAUGCUGUUGUGGUGCAUUUGGAUACACUGAAUGCAUCUUUUUCGGGACACUACGUGUCAUAUGUAAAAGAUUUGCUAGGUAACUGGUUCAGGAUAGAUGAUACUGAGGUACAUCCAGUCUCAAUGAGCCAAGUGAUGUCCGAGGAUGCAUACAUCUUAUUUUACACGAGGUCAUACCCUCGCCCUCAAAGAGCAAUAUCUGAAAAGAUCAAGCAAGUUCCUGCUAGGCACCUCGCAUCGAAAAUGGAGAAGCCUACACGACCAGCACAAAGUAAAUCCAGCAGCCAUUCUGUUGGCCCCAAGCUUUACCCAGAUACCAGGUCCGGAACUGCUGCAGGCUAUAUCAACCGUGACUCUAAUGGCAUUCUUAGGCAGAGUGCAAAUAGUAACAUUCACCGAGUGGUAGAGAUGUAUGCUGAGCCAUCCAACGUGGAGUUCUCUGAUGCUACGUCAAGUGAUUGGUCCCUUUUUACAAGCUCAGAUGAAGCUUCUUUUACAACAGAGAGUACUCGAGACUCUUUCAGUACUGUUGAUUAUACUGAUACAAGCAAUGGUGGAGAUCCUUUCUCAAUCUUCAAUAACUUGUAUACCCCAGAAUCAUCCUCUUGCAACACGGUUUCGUGCAGUAUGUUUUCAACUAGUAGACCCCAUACAAGGUACGUCUUAGAGGAGAAGGGUUAUGUUCUGGAUUCCUACUCUUCGGCACAACUUGUGAACCAAGACCAAGUAAACUUCAACCAGGUCUGUGAUUCUUUGACCGAUUUUUCUUUAGAUACCGAACAUGGCAUGUUUGUAAAAUAUGGGAGUAACCCGAAAAAUGCUUUCAAUAGAACUUCUUCAGCUCAUUGUGAAUGGUAGUUCAUGGAAUAUCCAACUGAUUGAAUAGUGACUUAGCCAAGUCUUGCCUCAAUUUUUGGUUUUUCAAUGGCUUUGUUGAUUGAGGCAUGUGGAUCAUAUGAAAGAACCCCAAAUGAAAAGGAUUAUUUCAUAUUUUCUGAAAA